AUGCCCAACAGCAUUGUAUCGUCAUCAUCAAAUUAUAAUCGCUCUCACAUAACAGAUCUUUCGAUAUCAAUAAUAUCGGAUAAGAAUAAACCUAGGCCCCAAUCAGCUUCAUCUUCUAGGAGAGGCUCUAUUACUAAUAACAACAACAACAAUAAUAGCAAACAUUUAAUGGAAGAUGAUUUAAACUCAUUACGUUCCUUCCAAAAGCUUUCAACAGGACAAAACAAUGGUAGUAGACCCUCAUCAGCACAUCCAAAAUUUAAACAAAAAGAGGUGGAGAAGGAAAAUAAUAUUCAUAUCAAUACUUCAGCCUAUAAAUUAGAUCAUGAUGAUAAUGUGAGUGAACCUGUGUCGUGGGGAGGUGAUGCAGUUUCAAUUAGAAGUUAUAAUAAUUCGCCAUCUCUCAAUAAUUCCAAAAACUCUCAAAGACCUCAAUCAUCCUUCGUGUAUUCGAUAGCAAAGAGGGCUCCUAUAAUUCCACGUCCAGGUUCUGCACCUUUAACAAAGAAAGGAAAGCUGGAUUCAAGUCAUCGAUCAAAAACUCCAUCAGAAUUAUACGAUGAAUCAUUUUAUGAAAUGCAAAGAAGAGAUGAAAGUAAUGCAGCCAUCACCAAUCCAUGGCAUCAAACAUUGGAUGAACAUCAUGAAAGACCAUUGAUAACGACCGUACUUCAUGAAUAUAGAGAUGAUAUAAGCACAUCAAGGUGUAGCAGUAGAAUGAGUGAUAAGAAGGAUUUUAUUGAAAUUAACAAACAUGCCCUCUCAGAAAAAGUAAGAAAUGCAGCAAAACGAAAUUCUAUAACUGCUAGACCUCAUUCAUAUGUGCUUGAUAAUAGUUUUGAAGGAAGUGCUAGUGACUUUUCAACUUCGGCACAUUUAGAAGGUGAGGAAAGGAGAAGAACUCAUACCUCACUCAUGCAAAAGUAUUCAACUAGGCAAAGCGUUCCAAGAACAGUCAAUUCAAGAACAAUUUUCAAUCCAUCAACCCUUGCAUAUGAUAAUUCGAGUUCCCUAAAAAAUAGACCAAAAUCAGCUCUCUCUAAGGUAAUGUACAAACAAACGACUAGACAUCAAGAUGUUGUCUCCAUAGUAUCAGAUACGCUGAGACCUCGAUCUGCAAUGAGCACCUAUUCUGUAAAAGAGUCAUUCAAAAGACCCACUAGUGAAGAACCAUUUAAAAGGAGCUCAUCAUUCUUAAAUGUUCAAGGAUUCAGUAUUAAUCAAGCUAAAGUGGUGCAUGAAGGUCACUACGAAAUGCCUAGAACGACAAAAAGAGGAGCACCAAGACCAGAACCUCAACCUCAUACAAUUGCUCUGUGUGUACAUAAUUCAAGAUUUUCAAUUGAAAAUCAGUAA